UAUGCAAACGGAUACGCGUCUAGAUUUGUCCACCAUUAAUUGUGUUCGCUAAUUUCAACCAGUUUCUAACCUCUUCUCUUGUUGACAAUACGUGGAAAAUGGAUCAUGAUUCAUAUUUUUUUGAUUCUCAAUAUCAAGAUGAAAAUUUCUGUGGAGAGAAUCAAUAUUCUCAAUAUUCUGAAAAUGAAAAUGUUUGUGAAAUAGAGAAUCAAAAUGAAAUCGAUGGAGAUGCUUUGCUCAUUUCUUUGGUGCGUGAUUAUCCUUACAUAUAUAACAAGGAACUGACUGAUUUCAAAGAUACUUUUAAAAAACAGAAUGCCUGAACAGAAAUAGCAAGCAUUUUGAAUAUGACAGUGGACGAGUGUCAAUCACGAUGGACGCGAUUAAGAGAGCGAUACACAAGAGAAAAAAAACAAAGACAGGAAGAAACAACUACUGGAAGUGAAGCAUCAAAAAGGAAAACUUUUGAGUUUUUUAACAACAUGCAAUUUUUGGAUCCAUUCGUUAAGAAAAGAAGAACAAUGACUAAUGUGCAACAUGCCAAAAGCUCUCCAUUGACAAAACGAUGUAUUUCUCUUCAAAAAAACUUUAACUUUAGUAACGAAAAAGAAAAUCUCUCUUUGGCGAAUGUGGCUACCUUACAACAGAAUUUUUCAAAAGUUAACAAUGCAGAAUCAUUGGAACAAAAUCGAUUUACAAGCUUAAGUGGCAGAAACGUUAAUGUAUCUCCUACAAAUACAACUACUUUACUUGAACAACAACAGUCUUUUACAGAAAUAAAUCAAGCAAAAAUAAAUCAAAGAUAAAUAUUU